AUGAGUGCCACCAGAUUGGACCGUCUCGUAACGCUCCUCGAGACUGGCAGCACAGCAUUGAUCCGGAACACAGCAGCAGACCAGCUAGCCGACGUGCAAAAACAACACCCCGAUGAACUAUUCAACCUCCUCACCCGCGUCAUCCCCUAUCUGCGCUCAAAGAGCUGGGAGACGCGCGUUGCUGCUGCCAAGGCCAUAGGAGGCAUCGCCGCAAAUGCCGACAAGUUUGACCCUAACGCCCAGGACCAGGAUGAGCAGAGCAAACCCGACGUCAAGUCAGAGUUCAAUGGCCACGUCAAGUCCGAAGACGCCAACGGCGCCCUGGUCAAGAAGGAGGAAAAUGGCGACGCCGCCCUGCCUCCUCUGUCACAGGGACUCGACCUGGCCACACUCGACCUGCCCUCCAUCUUGAAAUUUGGUAAGGUCCUGGCUUCCUCGGGCGCCAAGGAGCACGACUACAAGCUGGCCGCCAUGGACCCUGCCGAGCGCCUCGAGUAUCAGAAGAGCACGUUGCUGAAACGACUCGGCUUCGAGGGCGCGUGGAUGGAGGACCUGACGCCGCCGCAAGACGCCUUGCCCCAAACACCUGGCCCCAAGACGCCUGCACCGAGCCGCAUCGACACAAACGUCCCACGGUCAGACAGCAUAAACACCGCCUCCUCCCCUCCCCCGGCCCUGGCUACGCCCAACGGCCAAGGACUGAGCAAAAGGCAGCAAAACGCCCUGAAGCGAAAACAAAAAAAGAACGCUGCCGGCGGUGCUAACAAGGUCCAAAUCGUCGACUUCAACGCAAACUCGCGAAAAGACUCACAGUCUGACCCGGUAGAAACACCCAGUCGCCCCCACCCAGUUGCGCUGAAGCUCGAAAAGUCUGAAAAUGGCGAUGAUGGUGACAGUGUUAACGACUACUUCUCACUCGAACGCUCCGGCGGCGACGACGAUGCCAAGUUUGUCAAGGAGUUCAAGGGCGCGCCGGUCCCAGAAAAGUCCUCGUUCCAGACGGAAGCUGAAGAGGCCGGCCUAGAAUGGCCGUUCGAACGUGUGUGUUCGUAUCUUGCUGUCGAGCUGUUUGACUUUACGUGGGAGGUGCGCCACGGCGCGGCCAUGGGCCUUCGAGAAAUCCUUCGCGUACACGGCGCCGGCGCUGGGAGGCGAAAAGGGCUCAGUCGAGCCGAGAACGAUGAGCUCAACCAGCGCUGGCUCAACGAUCUGGCCUGCCGCAUGAUUUGCGUCUUUAUGCUCGAUCGCUUUGCAGACUUCACGGGUGAUAAUGUCAUUGCACCCAUACGUGAGACUGCAGGACAGGCGCUCGGUUCGCUGCUGCAAUACAUGACUGGAGAAAACGUGCUGGCGACGUUCCGCGUCCUCAAUCGCCUAAUCAUGAACCAGGACUUGCCCGUAGACACCAACCCCCUCAGCGCACCCUGGGCGCUUUGCCAGGGUGGCAUGAUUGGGUUGCGGUACCUUGUCGCUGUGCGCAAUGACCUCCUGCUCCAGGACGGUGCUUUGAUGGAUGGAGUGCUGGCUGCAGUCAUCAAUGGACUCAGCAAUGACGACGACGAUGUCCGAGCCAUUAGCGCCGCAACCCUGAUUCCCGUCGUAAAAGAGUUUAUCGAAAUGCGGCCAAAGGCGCUUGAAGGUUUGAUGAACGUCGUCUGGUCAUGUCUAUCUAGCUUGCAGGAUGAUCUUAGCGCCAGUACCGGCUUCAUCAUGGAUCUACUCGCCAAGCUUUGCGGCUUCCCUCAGGUACUUGAAGCAAUGCAAGCAAACGCUCGUCAAGAUCCCACACAGUCAUUCCAAGAGCUAGUCCCUCGACUCUUCCCCUUCCUGCGACAUACCAUUACCAGCGUUCGCGCCGCUGUCCUUCGUGCGCUCAUCACUUUCCUCGACAUCCAGAGCCAAGACUCGAACGGAUGGAUAGACAGCAAGGCCUUGCAGCUGAUAUUCCAGAACAUCCUGCUCGAGCGCAACGAAGGCGUCUUGAAGCUUUCAAUACAGCUUUGGAACGCCGUAGUGGCCAGUCUGGGUAGCCAGUUACCCACACAUCUUGAACCCGUCUUGGAUGCCAUUAUUCCUCUAACCCUUACGCCCAUUGGAGUCUCUCGCCACCCAAUAUCCCUGGACAAGUCGCUGCUCAUCAAGCCUUCAGGACAGGCCAUGGGCCCACCGCCAAACAGUGAGUCGAGUCGGAAGUCGACACCUCCAGAUGGUGGUGAGCCAGCGCAGAAGAGGAGGAAGAAGUCCCGUCCAGGAAAAGAAGAUGUGUCAACACCGACACCAUCUUCCAUGUCUCACAAUGUCGAUGGCCACAUGAUUAUGGGCGAUCUUGAACUCAUCGGAGCAGAUGUCAUGAUAAGAUCCAGGACCUCGGCGGCCCAGGCGAUUGGCACAGCCAUGGGUGCUUGGCCUGAAGAGUCAAGGUUCGAGGCUUUCAAGUCCAGGCUGAUCAGUCCAUUGUCCUCGCCCAACUCCACGACUCAGCUAACGGCUGCCAUCAUUCUUGAAGAGUUUGGAAAGAAUCUGGCCAAAAAGGAUGCGUUGGCUGAGCUGUUUGUCCAACACCUGCUGCCCAUGGUUGAAGGCGAGAGACCAUUGGCCUAUGAAGAUCUCGUCCCGAAACUGCAGAUUGUCCGAACACAAUGUUCAUCGCUCCUCCACAUCUUCCAAGAAGCACAUGUGCAAAACCUGCCAAAUCUCUCGACCAUUGUUCAGGGCCUGCCAUUCACCAACAACUAUGCUUUCGGAGUCGCCGAUGCGGAGAAGCUGGUUACCGUGCAAUAUGAGAAGCUCAAAAAGGCCAUGACGCCUUCAGCGCGCAUGGUCGCCGCAGCCAACCUGGAGACGACGCGCAAAGAAGUAGAGUCGAGCAUUCAGGAAGCCAAGGACAUCAAGGAAGAGCGCGAUAUCCGAAUCAAGGCCGCAGCUGCUGGCGCACUUGUGGCACUCAACUCACCUCCCAAGAAGCCGUCGCCCCCCAUCAAGGCCAUGAUGGAUAGCAUCAAGAAGGAAGAAAAUGUCGAGCUACAAAAGCGGUCUGCAGCUGCUGUUGCUGGCUACAUAGUGCACUUGGUUAACGGCAAGAGAACCGGUGUGGUGAACAAGGUCGUCGGUAACCUAGUCAAGUUCUACUGCAUGGAGACUGCCGAAACACCCGAAUUCGCCGGCCAGUCGCAUAUCGAAACCGGCAUUCUUACGCUCAAAAAGGACGAGGACGUACGCGAUCACCCAGAUGCUGUUCGCUUCGCAGAAGAGUCACGGGCUGCUAGGAUAACCAAGCGCGGUGCGCGCGAGGGUCUGGAGCAGGUUGUCGAACGUUUCGGCGCCGACAUCUUCGACAAGGUGCCCAUCUUGAAGGAUCUGAUUGAGCGACCAAUCAGGGAGGCAUUUACCGAGCCAUCGCUUCCUGCACACAUCUUCAACGAGGACGGUGUCUUUGGCCAAGAAGUCGUGGAUGGACUCUCGACUCUGCGUGCUCUAGUAGGCAAGCUACAUCCAAGCGUAAGAGGUUUCGUCAAGGAACUUCUUCCACUUAUCGCCAGAGCGUUACAGAGCAAGCUGUACGUGCUGCGGUACGCAGCCGCUAAGUGCUUUGCGACCAUCUGCAGCGUCAUGUCUGUUGAGGGUAUCACCAUGCUUGUUGAGAGUGUACUGCCCACAAUCAGCGACGGUGGAAAUGUGCAUGCUCGCCAAGGAGCGAUCGAGUGCAUCUAUCACCUCAUUCAUGUCAUGGACGACGCUAUCCUGCCAUAUGUCAUCUUCCUCAUCACUCCUGUUCUUGGGCGCAUGAGUGAUUCAGACAACGAUGUCCGGUUACUGGCCACCACCAGCUUUGCCACACUUGUCAAACUCGUGCCGCUUGAAUCGGGUAUCCCUGACCCACCCGGCCUUCCAGACUCCUUACUCAAAGGACGAGACCGAGAGCGCAAGUUUGUUGCUCAAAUGCUUGACGCCAAGAAGGUGGAGCCUUUCGAAAUCCCAGUCGGCAUCAAGGCGACGCUCCGUUCCUACCAGCAAGACGGUGUCAACUGGCUGGCGUUCCUCAACCGAUAUAAUCUCCACGGUAUCCUCUGCGACGACAUGGGUCUUGGUAAAACCCUGCAGACUCUUUGCAUGGUAGCCAGUGAUCAUCACAUGCGCGCAGAGGAAUUUGCUAAAUCUGGGGAUCCAAACUUUCGCCGUCUCCCAUCGCUCAUCGUGUGCCCCCCAACCUUGUCCGGCCAUUGGCAACAAGAGAUUCGCCAAUACGCGCCUUUCCUUAGCUGUGUUGCUUACGUAGGCUCUCCAUCGAUCCGCGGCCAGUACAGGAACGAACUCGACAAAGUAGACAUUGUCAUUACCUCAUACGACAUCUGCCGCAACGACGCCGAUAUCCUCAAGCCCAUCAACUGGAAUUACUGCGUUCUUGACGAGGGACACCUGAUCAAGAAUUCAAAGUCAAAGACUAGCCAGGCUGUCAAGCUGUUCCAGUCGAACCACCGCCUCAUCCUCUCAGGUACACCCAUUCAGAACAACGUUCUUGAACUGUGGUCACUGUUCGACUUCCUCAUGCCAGGCUUCCUUGGUACAGAGAAGGUCUUCCAAGAGCGCUUCGCAAAGCCCAUUGCCGCAUCUCGAUUUGCUAAGAGCUCAUCGAAGGAGCAAGAGCGGGGUGCGCUGGCCAUUGAAGCUCUACACAAGCAAGUCUUGCCCUUCCUCCUUCGUCGUCUCAAGGAAGAAGUUCUGGAUGAUCUUCCUCCCAAGAUCCUGCAAAACUACUACUGCGAUUUGUCGGAGCUCCAACGCAACCUCUUUGACGACUUUACCAAGCGUCAAGGCAAGGAGAUUCAGUCCAAGGCUGGCAAUGCGGAUCGCGAGAGCAAGCAGCACAUCUUCCAGGCCUUGCAGUACAUGAAGAAGCUAUGCAACUCUCCUUCCCUCGUCGUCAAGGGCCCUACCAACAAAGCUUACGAGGCAACUCAGCAGUAUCUCAAGAAGAACAAUACGACGAUUGACGACAUAGCGCACGCACCAAAGCUCGGAGCUCUCAAGGAUUUGCUUGUAGACUGCGGUAUUGGUGCAUCAGAUGUUGUAAAUGACAAGUCGGCGAAUGCAAAUGGCGAUCUGCCCGAAGCAGUUUCACAGCAUCGCGCCCUCGUUUUCUGUCAAAUGAAGGAGAUGCUCGACAUGGUACAGCACAACGUGCUUGAGAAGCUGCUACCAUCCGUCCAGUUUAUGCGUUUGGAUGGUGGCGUUGAAGCCACUAAGCGACAAGAAAUUGUCAACAAGUUCAAUACCGACCCGUCAUAUGACGUCCUGCUCUUGACAACCAGUGUUGGUGGUCUCGGACUCAACCUGACUGGUGCUGAUACGGUCAUCUUCGUCGAGCAUGACUGGAACCCGCAAAAGGACAUUCAGGCCAUGGACCGCGCGCAUCGUAUCGGUCAAAAGAAGGUAGUCAACGUCUACCGCAUCGUUACGCGCGGUACCUUGGAGGAAAAGAUUUUGAAUCUCCAACGAUUCAAGAUCGACGUCGCCUCCACGGUAGUCAACCAACAAAAUGCGGGUCUCCAAUCCAUGCAGACAGACCAAAUCCUCGACCUCUUCAACGUCUCGGCAGAUUCAAACGACCCCUCUGCGCUACCGGCGCCACCCUCCAACGCCAAAGACGAUGGCCUCGGCAUUGACGAAAACGAUGCUGUCGAUGCCACGGGCGCAUUGAGAGAAAAGGGCAAGAAGGGAUUCCUGGAUGAACUGGGAGAUCUCUGGGACGAGAAACAAUAUGACGAGGAAUUCGACCUUGACGGCUUCUUGGGCAAGAUGAAAUCUUAG